AUGGAUUUUGGGAUAAGUAGUCGCAUUUUGAUCAUGGCCAUAGUGUUGAUGAAAGCAGCAGAAGCAAGCAUGAGCAGAGAGAUGCAGGCAUUGAUGAAUUUUGGGUGGCCUCACAACUCCACAACUCAUCACUGCAAUUGGAUUGGCAUUACUUGUGAUGAUGCUGCUCAUGUUGCGGCGAUGAGCCUCCAAGUUUGCCCUUAUCCUACUAUUCCUCUUAGUUUAAACCAUUUUGAUGUGUUUGCUUUUCCACAUCUCACUAGAAUUCAUCUCACCUCAUAUUGUCUCAAAGGAACCAUCCCACCACAGAUAGGUUACCUCUCCAAUCUAACUUAUCUCAAUUUGUCUGACAAUCCUCUAAAUAGUGAAUUGCCUGUGUCACUUGCAAAUCUCACUGAAUUGCAGAUACUUGACAUUUCUCAUAAUGAUCAUAUGUCUUAUGGCAUUUAUGGUGCCAUUCCGCCUGAGAUAGGAAGCUUAUCCAAACUAGCUCAUCUCAAUUUGUCAUACAAUGAACUCAACACUCAUCUGCCUCUCUCACUUGCAAAUCUCACUAACUUACAUGUGCUUGACCUUUCUUAUAACAGCAUUGUCGGUGUCAUUCCGCCUGAGAUAGGAAGUUUAUCCAAACUAACUUAUCUCAAAUUGUGUCACAAUCCUCUAAAUGGUGAAUUGCCUGUGUCACUUGCAAAUCUCACUGAAUUGCAGAUACUUGACAUUUCUCAUAGUCGUCGGUUUUAUGACAUAAAUGGCAUUUAUGGUGUCAUUCCGCCUGAGAUAGGAAGCUUAUCCAAACUAACUCAUCUCGAUUUGUCAGUCAAUAGACUCUACGGUGAUCUGCCUCUCUCACUUUCAAAUCUCACUAACUUACAAUUGCUUGACAUUUCUGAAAACAACAUUUCCAGUGCCAUUCCGUCGGGAAUAGGUUACCUCCAGCAAUUGAUUGUUCUUGAUUUGAGCUACAACAGCAUCAGUGGCUCUCUGCCCUCAACUAUGAUCCAAUUAACAAGAUUGGAAUUCUUGAAAUUGGACUUCAAUAAGUUGGUAGGUGUUUUUGAGGCAGGACUACAAAUGCUUCCUUCAAUUAAAGCAAUAGGCCUCAGUUGGAAUACAAUCGAAGGAAGGAUACCUUUUGAGUUUGGAGAUGCUGCUAAUGCACAGUUCUUGAAUAUCGAUCUGUCUCAUAACCAUCUUUGUGGUAGAGUUCCCGAAUCUCUUUCGCAUUUGGAUCGAAUCGAUCUGUCCUACAAUCGUUUAGAAGGUCGAAUUCCACUAGACAUCUGGCGUAAAUUUCCAGAGGAAUCGUUCUUCGGAAAUUCAGAGUUGCAUCCUCCAAAUGAAGCCAAAUAUCCUCGAAAUGCUGUUAUUGUUGUGGUGACAGUAUUUGGAUGUGUGUUUUUGUUUUCAUCAGGUUUGAUUCUAACCUUUUACUUAAGAAGGAAAGCAGCCUCUGCAGCCACACCUCAUGAUGACCAGAGACAUGGAGACAUAUUCAAGAUAUGGAACUUCGAUGGAAACAUCGCCCAUCAAGACAUCAUCCAAGGAACAGCAGACUUCGAUUUCGGGUACUGCAUUGGAACUGGAGCUUACGGGAGCGUCUACAGAGCUCAAAUGCCAUCUGGAAAAGUCGUUGUUGUCAAAAAGCUUCACAGAUUCGAAGGAGAGAAUCCUAGUUACGACAUGUGUUUCAGGAAUGAAGCAAGGGUGCUCUCUGAGAUACGCCAUCGCCAUAUUGUCAAGCUUUUCGGUUAUUGCCUGCACAAGCGGAGCAUGUUCCUCAUCUACGACUACAUGGAAAGAGGAAGCCUGUUUAGUGUGUUGAAGGACGAGAGCGAAGCCGUGGAGUUAGAUUGGAAGAAGAGGGUGAAUGUGGUGAAUGUUAGUCAAAAAGCAACAAUUGUCAAAAAGUUGCAGCUGCUUUAUUUUGUCAAAUAA